CGACGCUUCCUCCUUUCCCUCAGCCUUGCCCGCCUUCCCCGUCGCUUCCUCUUCUCCCCUCAGGGCCUGAGGUUCGGGGCCGCCGGAGCGCCGCGUGACGGGGCGGAGAGGCAGCAGCCGACGCCGCCGGCGAGGAGGAGGAGGAGGGUGUCGGACUGUGUGCACCUUGCGACAGAACUGUGAAAUUUGGAGGCAGUCCAAGCAAAUAUAUCAUAAUGGCAGCAGAUUCUAUGGAAAUUGAUGAUGCUUUGUACAGUCGGCAGAGGUAUGUUCUUGGAGACACAGCAAUGCAGAAGAUGGCUCAGUCCCAUGUGUUCCUGAGUGGAAUGGGUGGGCUUGGAGUGGAGAUAGCUAAGAACAUAGUUCUUGCAGGAAUAAAGGCUCUUACCAUCCAUGAUACCAAGCAAUGCAAGACGUGGGAUUUAGGGACAAACUUUUUUGUUCGUGAAGAUGAUGUUCUAAAUUUAAGAAACAGAGGUGAGGCAUCACUUCAUCACAUUGCAGAGCUGAACCCGUAUGUCCAGGUGAUGUCAUCAACUGCCCCUUUAAAUGAAGUUACAGACAUCUCUUUCCUCAGACAGUACCAGUGUGUCAUAGUAACUGAGAUGAAGCUGUCCCUACAGAAGAAGAUAAAUGACUUUUGCCGUGCGCAGCACCCACCAAUUAAGUUUAUAAGUGCAGAUGUAUAUGGGAUAUGGGCACGUCUGUUUUGUGACUUUGGUGAUGAAUUUGAAGUCCUGGACACCACAGGUGAAGAGCCAAAAGAAAUCUUCAUUUCAAACAUAUCUCAGUCCAAUCCUGGUAUCGUCACUUGCCUUGAUAAUAACCCUCAUAAGCUUGAAACGGGACAGUUUGUAACUUUCCGGGAAGUUAAUGGAAUGCAGUGUUUAAAUGGAUCCACACAUCAAAUAACUGUGGUAUCACCUUAUUCUUUUAGCAUUGGGAAUACGGUGGAUAUGGAACCUUACUUACAUGGUGGCAUAGCUAUCCAAAUAAAGACACCUAAGAUAUUCCAUUUUCAACAGCUGGAGAAGCAGUUGAUUAACCCAACAUGCCUUGUUGCAGAUUUCAGCAAGCCUGAGGCCCCUCUGCAAAUUCACAUUGCCAUGCUUGCCUUGAAUCAGUUCCAAGAGAGUUUUGCUCGUAUGCCGACAAUUGGGUGCCUUCAGGAUGCUGAAGAGAUGCUGAAGAUGGCAGUGUCCAUAAGUAAAACAUUGGAAGGCAAACCUCAAGUUAACGAAGACAUGGUGAAAUGGCUAUCAAGGAUGGCUCAGGGAUCUUUGGCACCUCUUACAGCAGCACUCGGGGGUGUUGCCAGUCAAGAAGUCUUGAAAGCAGUGACAGGAAAAUUUUCUCCCCUGCAACAAUGGCUGUAUACUGAUGCAUUUGAAUUAGUCACAUUUCUAGAAAAAGUGAGCCAUGAAGAAUUCCUUCCAAGAGGGGACAGAUACGACGCCUUGAGAGCCUGCAUUGGAGACUCCUUGUGUCAGAAGCUGCACCGCCUUAAUGUUUUCUUGGUUGGUUGUGGUGCGAUAGGCUGUGAAAUGUUGAAAAAUUUUGCACUCCUUGGUGUUGGCACUGGACGAGAAAGGGGCAUGGUUACAAUUACAGAUCCUGACUUAAUAGAAAAAUCCAAUUUAAAUAGGCAAUUUCUGUUCCGUCCACACCAUAUACAGAAGCCCAAAAGUUGUACAGCAGCAACAGCGACACGAAACAUCAAUCCUCAGAUCAAGAUAGACCCAUAUCUGAACAAAGUUUGCCCAGCUACUGAGAACAUGUACAAUGAUGAUUUCUACACUGCACAAGAUGUAGUUGUUACUGCGCUAGACAAUGUGGAAGCAAGGAGAUACAUUGACAGUCGCUGUCUGGCAAGCUUGCGCCCUCUCUUAGAUUCCGGAACGAUGGGGACCAAAGGGCAUACAGAAGUCAUUGUGCCUCACCUAACAGAAUCGUACAACAGUCAUCGAGAUCCACCUGAAGAAGAAAUACCAUUUUGUACUUUAAAGUCUUUCCCAGCUGCCACUGAGCACACAAUACAGUGGGCAAGAGACAAGUUUGAAAGCGCUUUUUCACACAAGCCUUCCCUGUUUAACAAGUUUUGGCAAACGUAUCCAUCAGCAGAAGAGGUGUUACAGAGAAUAAAGUCUGGCGAGAGUUUGGAAGGCUCUUUCCAAGUUAUUAAAUGCCUUAGUAGAAGGCCCAGAAGUUGGCCCCAGUGUGUUGAAUUAGCAAGAUUAAAGUUUGAGAAAUAUUUUAAUCAUAAGGCACUCCAGUUACUUCAUUCAUUUCCCAUAGACACACGAUUAAAAGAUGGCAGUUUAUUUUGGCAGUCACCAAAGAGACCACCUUUCCCGAUACAGUUUGAUAUCAACGAUCCUUUGCACUACAGCUUCAUAUUGAGUACAGCAAAAUUAUUUGCAGUUAUUUACUGCAUCCCUUUUACAGAAAAGGAUAUGUCAGAAGAAACCAUUUUAAAGAUCAUUUCCGGACUGAGGAUUCAAGAGUUUCGACCUUCUAACAAAGUUGUACAAACAGAUGAAACGGUGAGGAAACCAGAUCCCAUUCCAAUAAGCAGUGAGGAUGAAAGGAAUGCUGUACUUCAGUUGGAGACUGCCAUAUUGGCCAAUGAAGCUACAAAAAAUGAUUUACAAAUGAAGGAACUUGCUUUUGAAAAGGAUGAUGACAGUAACGGGCACAUAGACUUCAUAACAGCAGCUUCAAAUCUGCGAGCCAAAAUGUAUAACAUUGAACCAGCAGAUCGGCUCAAAACAAAACGGAUUGCUGGAAAGAUUAUCCCCGCCAUUGCAACUUCCACAGCGGCUGUGUCUGGCUUGGUUGCUUUGGAAUUGAUCAAAAUUGUGGGUGGCUACCCCUUUCAGGCAUACAAAAACUGCUUUUUCAACUUGGCCAUUCCGAUAAUUGUCUUCACAGAAACAGCUGAAGUGAGAAAAACUGAAAUAAGAAAUGGAAUAUCUUUUACAAUCUGGGAUCGAUGGACUAUUUAUGGGAAAGAUGAUUUCACACUCUUGGACUUCAUAAACGCUGUCAAAGAGAAAUACGGAAUUGAGCCAACUAUGGUGGUGCAGGGAGUUAAAAUGCUGUAUGUUCCUGUAAUGCCCGGGCAUGUCAAAAGAUUAAAGCUGACGAUGCAAAAACUUGUGAAACCAGCAGCGAAUAAGAGGUAUGUGGACCUUACAGUAUCAUUUGCUCCAGAAACAGAUGGUGAAGAAGACUUGCCGGGACCACCAGUUCGAUACUAUUUUGCCCACGAAAAUAACUGAUGCAGGCCUACCGUUUACAGCAUAGCAGGACCACAUGAAAGGAGUGUGGCACCAUUUUUUAAAUGGUACUAUAUACUUGGUGAAGCCUUAAUUCAGAAACAAAACAGUGGAAAUUUGUGAGAUGUACUAAGGAGCUCCAUAGCAAAUCGGACUUGCAAUUUCCUUGUAUGUAGCAUUUUCAUAGCUAUCUAUACCUAAGGAGGACUGGAAGCUUGCUGGAAAUGAUGGUUCUUUUUGAAGAAAACACACUUAUUAGGCACUGCAGGAAGACCAGAACUGCAAUCAUAAAACCUGAUCACAGACACUGACCAUUAAAGGAGGUGGCAGUUGAGAUUUGAAGAAGCUGCCAAUUUAUACCAUCCUAAAA